GAAAUUAUCCUGCAUCCCCAUAGCCUUUUAAAUUACUUUUUUAGAAGCCUUUUAAAUUAGUUCGUGAUGCAUAACUUAAACAGAAGAACAAGUCCACCCCCCAAAAAUCAUAUGCCAAAUCUCAUAGUUCGCCGACCUCAGCACCUUGCUCAUGAACCGCAGCCUGGCUCCGUCGAUGCCGUAGUUCAUAUUGGUGCGCACGUUCAGCCCAUCGAACUGCGCGUAGAAGUAGCCGAGCUCGUCGGCCUGGUAGCUCUGGUCAUGCCUGGAAAUCACCGAUGUUGGGAUGGAAGCUUCGCCAAGAACUGCAGGUCGUUGAAGAAGCUGUCUUGUGGAUCUUGCAACUUCGGCGCCAAAGGUAUAAACGCCAUCCUUAACAACUCUGCAUCUCUAGAAGAACUGCCUGUGAAGAGGUUCUACAGAAGAACCCAACAGUGGAGAAAAGCGUUGGAUGGGAACCCGAAGAACCCAGCAGCAGCGCCACCGGGAGGGACCACCGCGCUCCGAUUGUCGACGAAGAAGCAGGAUGAGAGGGUAAGGAUUUCGAUGGAGCUGACGAAAGUCACGGCAGACGAAUAGGAGGAGUGGGGACGGAGUUCGCUGGAUGGGAACCCGAAGAACCCAGCAGCAACGCCGCCGGGAGGGAUCGCCGUGCUUUGAUUGUCGGUGAAGAAGCUCGAUGAGAGGGAAAGGAUUUCGAUGACGCUGACGAAAGCCACGACAGACGAAUCGGAGGAGUGGGGAAGGAGUUCGAUUGCCUUCCUCUUUCCUCCUAGUCUGAAACCCUGAUUUCAACAGCAAUUUAUAUAUCUCAACCUAGAAAAUCAAUCCAGUCCACAAAAAUCAAUUCAAUCUCUGAUUCACCGAAGCUCUAAUUAAAUAAAUAACAAGAAUGAUG